ACAGCGCAGGGCACUUCUCAACAGCCAGCUGAUACCAACUAGCAACUGACAGUGGUUAACGCUUUUGGUUUUGCUUCAUGCUGCAAAUUAACUCACUUAAAUUAUCUUUCACUCUCUAGGUUAGGCAGAGUAGAAGUUAGUCCAUGUAAGUAUGGCGGCUGAAUUUAAAAGUUUUAGCAGGUCAUCGUCGUUGUAGGUAGCAAGUUGGCUAGCUAGUUGAAGUUGAUAGGACUGAAUAUCUUCAACGCUAGCUAGCUAAGGUACAGCGAAUUGUUACAAGCUGGCAUCAAAGAUCGUCACCGUCAGCCAUGGGAAUACUAUUUACAAAGCUAUGGAGGCUUUUUAACCACCAAGAGCACAAAGUGAUCAUUGUGGGCCUGGACAAUGCUGGCAAGACCACAAUUCUUUAUCAGUUUUCAAUGAAUGAGGUGGUGCACACAUCCCCAACGAUUGGGAGCAACGUGGAGGAGAUUGUUGUUAACAACACCCAUUUUUUGAUGUGGGACAUAGGAGGCCAGGAAUCUCUUAGGUCAUCGUGGAAUACAUACUACACAAACACAGAGUUUGUAAUUGUGGUGGUCGACAGCACAGAUAGAGAGAGGAUCUCAGUAACCAAAGAAGAACUCUACAGAAUGCUAGCACAUGAAGACUUGAGAAAGGCAGGGCUGUUGAUCUUUGCCAACAAGCAGGAUGUGAAAGGAUGCAUGUCUGUGGCUGAGAUCUCCCAGAGCCUCCAGCUUACCUCUGUUAAAGACCACCAGUGGCACAUCCAGGCCUGUUGUGCCCUCACUGGGGAAGGGUUGUGCCAGGGUCUUGAGUGGAUGAUGUCACGGCUGCGUGUGAGAUGAUGACCUUGAAAAUGUUCAUUAGGAGUGUGCCCCUUCGCUGUUAUUUCUGCCUCCUGACACGAAAAUGAGGAUUGGGGGGUGGGGUCAGUUGAUGGAUGGCCCUCUCCUCUGUGAAGCUGACAUGGACAGACCUCUGCCAGGACUUUAUAUACUUAUGUAAUAAUUUAUUUUACAAAAGGCAUCUGAACUCAGAACAAAAAAAUCUUUACCUUUUCACAAGGACGUUGAAACAACAAAGAGACUCAGAUUAUUUAAAUUGAAAUUUCUGCACGGUUUUCCUUUGAGCAAAACACAGAGGUCAGCAUCGUGUCUGCCUUGGAACUGUACACGGACUUAUUCUUGAGCUGCGUGUGAGUCUAGCCCAUGGUGGCCUUGCAGUAUUGCCGGACUGGCUGUGGUGGUUUUUAAUUGCCUCCCUGUGUGUACAGUCCAGUAUUCUCUUUAAACUUGGUGCCUGCAGCAGAAUGUUCAAGCAAUGAUGGUUGAUGGUGACUGAAACAUGCAGAAGAGAGGGUAGAAUGCCCUCUUCAUUCAGUCCCUGUUAAUAAUAACUGAAAUAAAGUGUUUUUAUCUGUUUCAGAUGAAUUGCAUUGUGUCAUGAGUGAGUAUUUCUUUCGGGUGACUCCUCUUAAGACUGAACCUUUCUAGUGAGA